AUGGGUUCCACGAUUGUUGGCAAACUUGUUCUUGUCAUGGUGACCAUCCUAGGACUCUGGGCCUCCCAAGCGUGGUCACGCGAGCUCCACGACGCUACCAUGCGGGAGAGGCACGAGCAGUGGAUGGCUCGCCAUGGGCGGGUGUAUGAGGACGCCGCCGAGAAGGAGCGAUGCUUCUUAAUCUUCAAGACCAACGUCGAGUACAUCGAGUCCUUCAACCAGGAUGGAAACAAACCGUACAAGCUAGCCAUCAAUGCGUUUGCCGACCUAACGAGCGAGGAGUUCAAGGCCUCAAGGACCGGAUACAAGCGUUCAUCCUCCCUGCGGACGGCGAGCAUGAAGCCGUUCCAAUAUGAAAGUGUGACCACGAUUCCAUCAAGCAUGGACUGGAGAAAGAAAGGAGCCGUCACGCCUAUUAAGGACCAAGGCCAAUGCGGAUGCUGUUGGGCUUUCUCUGCUGUGGCGGCCAUGGAAGGGAUUACCCAACUCACGACGGGAAAACUGACCUCUUUGUCCGAGCAAGAACUAGUGGAUUGUGACAGGAGUGGCGAAGACCAGGGUUGUGGGGGCGGCCUCAUGGACGACGCUUUCCAGUUCAUUAUCAGCAACCACGGCCUCACGACUGAGGCCAAUUACCCUUACCAAUCUGUCGACAACACCUGCAAUGCCUGGAAAGCAGCCUCUACUGCUGCGAAAAUCAGCGGGUAUGAAGAUGUGCCUUCCAACAGCGAGUCCGCCCUUCUAAAGGCCGUGGCUCAACACGGAACAAGAAUAAGUAGAAACAAGAAAAUUCACAAACCAUAG